AUGUCGGAGGUUAACAUUGCGACUGCGGUUGGAAAACUAGGAGCGGACACUCAGAGGACCUCAAACGCAUCUUGUGGGAACAGCGGAACUCGUAUGUGUGCCGCAUUUAUUCCACUGUUGAGCGUGCUGAUUCGUGAUCCCAGUGAUAAGAUUGAAGAGGAUAUAUUCCAUGCGAUAUUGGAGCUGCUCUACAAGACCGUCUCCAAGGAGAAGCCUGUGUUCCUUCGAGCCACCACCAAGCCAACGACGAGGAACACAGCUUCGUCCCGUUUGCAAGCCGCGUCUGCUGCCCUGCGCCUAGUGGUCGAGGUGGCAACCCCAAAGCUCUCUCUCAAGACUGCUCUUUCGGUAUUGGACCACAUCAUCGACACUCUGCCCUCACCAGAUGGUUCGCUAUGUGAGCCCCUUCAGAACGACUACCUGAAGUGCUUCAGAAUCCUCCUCGGCUACGCUCCGCAUGGGGAACAUAUGCGCCGCAAACAAUGGCAGGCAUACGUAGAUUUUGCGCUCACGUGUCUGUCAGCUGGUCUAGAUGAUGGCGUGGCUGACGGCAGCCUCUCAAGCAGCCGCUCAAGCAGUGCGGCCUCGAGAAACAAUCAGCAAUUGGCUUUGCGUCUCAGCCACACAAGUGGCCGGAGCACCGGUAAGGAGAAUGCUUCAAAUUUCGAGGACAUCCUGACUGCCUUGAAGAAUUUGACAUCUUUCGUCAACGCACCAGUCAUGUCACGAGCGGCCCCUAUCGCCGAGAAGAUCCUGGACUUCUUGCAGGUCGACAGAAUCGGUCAAGAGGGGGCAUUUGAGACUGUGAACAACGUCAUUUUUGUCUCUCUUACUGAGGAUGUUGCUUUUACUCAGACUUUGUUGUCUCACCUUAUUCCCAUCAUUAAGCGAUUAUGGUCAAGUAGGUCCAUCCUUCUCCAGCAACAAAUGCUCAUCACCUUGUUCUCAUGUCGAUACCUGUUUCUCGCUCCUAGUGGGCCAUGGCCCGCAAUCGAUUCAGCGAUAUUGGAACCACUUUUGAUCACACUCAUGUCCGACUAUCGCACAAGGAAUGAAAGGGACGUCCUACAUUUCGACGAUCUGCAGCCAAUUCUCGCAUCAGAAAAUACCCCUUUACAGCUCAGACAGUUCAAACCUGUUCAGAACUCCCCGCGCGCAGUAACCAGCUGGUUUAUAUUGUCGGUAAUUGCAUGUCUCAUCGUUGGGUUGAAUCUCAAAGGAUCUGCCCAAACUACUACAGCCGAUCCAGAGGAAGUUCCGCGGAAGCGACAAAAGGUCCAAAGUCGCCUAGAUGAGAUCCUCGACCUGGCAGUGGUGGGCAACUGGCAAGAGAAAUUGGUUGCUUUGCAGAUUAUCUUGUUUCUUUUUGAUCAGCCUGGAUGCAUCGAUCAAGAAUGGACAAAGGGUCUCUACAGGCUCUUGCCGGAACUCGGCAGCGAGGACCCUACCGUGCAAACGUGGAUUUUCCUGGUGUUUUCGCGACUAGCGCUCGAUAAUGCUAGUCGCGUUCAUGAACCCUCCAAUUUCUGGCUACAGGUUUGGGAUGCAGCUAGCAGAGCAAUGACAGUGGUCCCCACGACGAGGGCUGCAUGCCAUGCACUCAAUGUGCUCCUCCAAGUAGGGGCUCUAGACUCGUCAAUGAGCGCAAACCUGCUGGAGAGUACCUUGUUCGGGGGUGGUAAUAACGGGCCCAGCAGUCUCACAGACACUUCUCUAGCCUUGAUGACCGGCGCCCUGCGCUCUAAAUUCUUCGACAACGAGAGGCGGUUUGAGUCUUUCGGUCUGAAGAUUAUCGGCUGGCUCACUGUUCGUUGGACUCUCCCGUCGAACCUUGACCGUCUCCACAAUGCGCAUAUCGUCUGCCACGCUAGACCGGAGCUCUUAUUCGGGUUGCUGAGUGCUACGUGUGGGCUCGCAGACGUAACAGUACCUGGUGAAGCUUGGACACUGGCGCAUUCAUUGUUCAAGUCGUCGAUGAUGGCAUCAGCCAAUCUCGACUUCUUCCAGUAUCUUCUCGCCAUCCCUUCCGCAACAAUCGAGGCAACUGAGCUUUCCAACCCUAUCUCUCGCCAAUUUGAUACGUCCACCCUGACUCGGCUGUUUCGAACCGUAAUGGACUUUCUAGCAAACAAGACGAGGGAUUUCCUCCACUCAUGGAAGGCGAUCUAUGCCGAACGCAUUUCAAAUAUCGGAAAUGAUAUCGUGGAAAUUCUAGGUGUUGUCACGACCGUCUCCUCUGCGCUAUGGGUUCGCUGUGGUGCCCAAGCUCCUGGAUACAGACAGCCUUUGAUUCUCCCUGAGAGCCGCCGCGUCCUGACGGAAUUCGUCGUUAGCCGGAGCGUCGACCGCUCUCGAGAAAUGGCCAAUCGUAUCUGCGCUUGUAUAGUCACGAUCCACAAACAGCUCUCUCGUAGCAGUGACCGCCACUACGGGGAAGAAUAUCAGGCUGUCAUCGAAUCUGCGUUGCAAGUUGUUCGUCACGCCAUGGCAUCGACAACCACCAACGACCCUUCGGACCUGGACUUCUUGGACGAUGAUGCUUGGGACUCGCAGGCAACGCAAAGGAGCCAGCCCGGAGCUGGUAUGGAUAUCUCGAGACUUGACCUUCCAGUCUGCAGCGAUUUGCGUGCUCGUUUGGCAAGGUACGCGGUGGAGCUGACGACAGCUCUGCAGAUGGUGAAGUCAAAGGGACUGCUCGACUCUUCUGCAACCGCUUUGGUCAUUGACCAGGUUUUGGCUCUUGAUCCAAUCUCCCUCAUUGCUGCACGAGGAGCGGUCCAAGACUUUCUUAACCUGAAAACUGCAACGGCUCGUGAAGAUGCACAUCGCUUGCUCAAGAAGCUUGGCGAGUUAUAUCUAGGGAAUGAAGUCUUUGGAAGAUGCGAGGCUGCUUUAUGUUUCUGUCUCAAUGUGCUUGAAAGUCUCAUGGAUCUGUGGACAGCCGAAGGCAUAGAUGAUGCUUUAGCGGAAACGGCACUGGAUAUUUAUUACUGGUUUGUUAACACCAUGGUUCGCAAAGGCGUUGCGUCCCAGAGGGUGCUGUCGGCAAUGGCGAACCUUCUGGAUGCUCUGCUCCGCAAGAGUGCAUCUUAUGGCGGUGAAGAUCUACCGUCGCCCCGAACAAGCCUGCUGAACGUUCUGGAGGUUAGUGACUCGGCAAAUCAACAUCGCCUUGCAGAGAAAUUGUCCCAUAUCUUCGAAAAGUACGUCCUGACUCAACACGAGGCAAUAUUCGAUGACGUUGUCGGGAAGUUGCCUUCCGAUCCCGACAACAUAGAAGGUAUUGCCGUACGCUUGUACAUUGUUUCCUACCUCGGGGCUCGAUGGCAUACCGUUCUGAGGCAAGCAACGUAUCACCUAUUUGAGACGGUGGCACAUGUGCCUUCUACGACAAAACUCGGAUACGGCUGUAUCGUCAGGACCUGCAAAGUGCUCGAACUCGACCGACCGAGGCAACUUUUCAAAUUGUUUUCACCCCAGAUCUUCUACACAUGGCUGUCGCAAGAAACCCUAGCUAGCAUACCCUUCCAACUAUUUGAAUACGCCUCUUUGCAGGAGAUGGCUGCUGACAAUAUUGGUGAGCUUACAGGGCAGAUUGCUCUUCGUGGAUUCCACUACUCCGAAGAGCUUGCUCAGCUAGUUGGCAAGGAUUGGAACUCUUUGCUCACGGAGCAGUUUGCCUAUGCCGAAGCCUACACGCUUGCGUCCGAAACUAGCGUGCCGAAGACUGACCGUCUUUACGAUGGCUCGGAGAAGUUGGUGCGGAAGCAACUAGGGUCACAACUAUACCUCCAGCGACUUCGCGAGCGCCUCCCGGAUAUUAUUGCCCUGCUUGUGAUAGCCCUUCAAGAUGACCGGGGUAUUGAAAAGGCUCUGCCGGCCCCCAGCCUCAAAGUUUGGCAAGAGAUAGUAAACAAUUCAGGUCAGAAUGUGCAGUUACCACUUGCUCAGCAACCAUGCUUCCGGGCACGCUGCCUUCCAGAGGAAUUAAAGUACCUGUGCUCGCGACUUCAUCUGGAAGUGACCGACAUAUGGACAUCAGGGCUCCUAGUCCAUGUUUACAGGCAACUUUUGGACAGAGCGAGACCAGCACUAGGACCUCUGCAUACCUGCAGUAUCAUUCGAAAAAUCCGCAUCGUCAUCAGCCUCGCAGGGCCGGUUGCUCAGGAAGGCUAUCCCUUGGAGAUGAUGCUCCAUAACCUGCGACCCUACCUUACUGUUUUCGAGUGUGCUGAGGAGACAAUGGGCAUCUACCGCUUUCUCCUUCGUCACGGAACUCCAUCUCUGUCCUGCCGACCUUCAUUUAUCGCUGGUCUCGGCGUAUCCAUCUUCGCCUCUCUCACGGGUUUCAUCACAUCCUCCCAAGAUAGUACCACGCAGGAGGACCAUUUUAUCUCAACUAUGACUAAUGCUCAAGAUUUUCGAGCUUUUCUAGGACAGUACUUGGAGUCUCUCGAGCUCACAAACGCGGGAAGCGAAGCACUACGAAUGUACAAGCUCAUCAUUCGGCACGCAAAAGCCAUAGCCCAUGAAGGAAGCAGCGCGCAAGGCACAAGCGAAGGGCAGCUGCUUUACGCCCUGUUAUCGGAUCAAAGCAGCAAGGAUCCACUUCUGUCGGACUUUCACUUCGAUCUCUCAAUCAAGAUUCUUUGCCAUCGGUUUUACGCAUCGCCGGACUAUCAAGAUGACAUACUUGCCAAUGACGACGAUGCUUCUCGAUUUUCACCUACACUAGAAAUCCUAUUGAGAAGGUUCGCUCUAGACAAAUCAUUCCGAAUUUGGGCUGCCCAGGUAAUUGGUCGGGGGUUUAUCAUGCGUGGACUAAAAUCGACGACGAACGACAAAACACAGCAAAUGCAAAAUAAGUCGUCGGAUGCCGGCCUGGAAGCGGUCUCAUCCCACACAAAUAUCAUGCGCUACCUAGUGGAUCUACUCUGGAAGUCCGAUUAUCCUGCAUUGAGUUUUGCCGAAAACACUCUACAGCUAAUCUCCAGCAACUUGAACGAAGCCGAUGAAUCUGCCUUCUUAGGAUCGGAAUUCGACAUACGCCUUUUCCAUGAAUUGAGAUUUGAGAAUUUUCCAUGCCCUGGUGCGCCGUUGUCUCUAGCUUCCGGCCUCGUGAGCAAACAAGAAGGAACAGAUUGCGGUUCUGACGCAAAAUCGCGCGACUGGGCCACGAAACUACUCAUCCAGAUCUCCGAGAUUGCAGCUAGUGAUCCUAUCUUGGGUUUCCUCGUGCCUCUGAUCAAUGCGGUUCCCGAAUCGGCGGGUAUCCUACUACCAUAUAGCGUUCAUCUCAUUUUACUCAGCGAAACCAACUCCAGCCAAGUUUUCCGCGAGAGAUUGUCCCAGACGUUCUCUGAUGCCCUUGCAUCAGGGGCGGAGUCACCCAGCGAGGCCAGAAAAUUAGUGCUGAACACCCUCUUGUAUCUCCGAAAAUGUCAUCUCCCCAGCGAGACCAACAUGGCGCAGCGAAACUCCUGGCUAGAAGUAGAUUUCAGCAGCGCUGCCAUUGCUGCUAGCAAUUGUCAGAUGUGGCAUGAAGCUCUGCUCUUUUUGGAGCUGCAUUACUCUCAAGCCCAACUCCAGACAGGUCGUUCUUCUCGGAGGUCAUUCGUGACACCUAACGACGUUUCAACGGGAGUCAUCUCCAGGAUCUAUGAAAACGUCGAUGAUCCUGAUUUCUUCUAUGGCAACGUCCAGAGUCACGAUAUAAAGUCAGUCAUCAACAAAAUGAGCCAUGAAGGAGCGAGUCAGAAAUCUUUAUCUUUCCAGAGCGCAAUGCUUGAUUCUCAGUUGAGGUUGGAGGAGUCUGAAACGACCCUAGGUGAUGUUGCCUUUACAACCGCACUAACCUUGAGCGCCGCAAAUAUGCAGGGUAUAUCAGAGGCAGUAAAGCAACACUAUGAAGGGUCUCAUAAGCCCAACUCAGCCGAGAAUGGCUUCAACAUGGAUCAGUGGGAUCUCUUGCGGACGAGUGACUCUCCAUCGGUGUCGACUGCCGUGUCGUCCUUGUUUCGUAAUAUGCACGGCAUCUCAAACAAGAUCAGUCUUACUCGGGAGCUUGACCUGCUGCUGCAGCAGCACGGAGAUGCUUUCAGGAUGGACAUGAUAAAGCAAAAUCAAUUGGGUGAUCUUUAUGCGAGACUGGCAGUACUGGCAGAGGCACGGCAAAUUUUGGGUGCGACCUCAGCCGAGAGCCUGGAGUCGGCCUGUGCGGCAAUAGUAGUCAGGAACCAAAGGGCCAAGCUUGCAGAGUUCAAUAAAUUAUCACCCAUCUUGGCCGGCAGGGAGGCAACUUUCGCCGCCAUCCGUCGGAACAAUCACUUGCGGGCCACAUUUUCUUUGAGCCUACCACAGGCACUGCUGUUUGAGGUUCAGGUGACUCGGCAGUCGUUGAACAUGGCGUCCAGUUACGAGGCGCCACAAUUCCGCCUGAAUCGCGCAAUGUAUCUCUCACAGCUUACUCAGUUGGCUGAAAGUGUAGGACUGAAGGUAGACGUCGCCAUCAAUUAUGACCUUGCCAAAACCCUAUGGGCACAAGAAGAAGUCUCGGCCUCUAUCGGAAUCUUACAGAACCUAAGAGAACGCAAAGAUGCCGCCCAACAGGCCAUCAACGUCGCGCGAGCCGACAUCCUGACGGACCUGGGACACAAGAUUGCCGAAGCUCGUCUCGAGAAACCGGACGAGAUAAUAGAACGGUAUCUGGCGCCAGCAAUCCGAGAGAUACAGAAGCCUUGUACAGGCUCUGCAGCUGGCCGAGUGUUUCAUAACUUUGCUGCGUUUUGCGACAUGCAACUGCAGGAUACGGACAACCUGGAUGACUUUACGCGAAUCAACAAAAUCAGAGAUCGGAAAAAGCGCGAAGUCCGCGAGCUAGACAGGAUGGUGAAAAAUGCCCAAAGUGAGCAACAGCGUGCUAAAUUGAAAAUACAUUUAGCUAGGGCUAAAACCUGGUACAAACUCGAUGAGGAAGAAUGGAGAAGGGUUUCGCAAAAUCGAGAGAAUCUCAUCCUUCGGUGCCUGGAAAAUUAUCUGUUGUCGAUGAGGGCGUCCGACGACUACCCUAAUGACACCCUUCGCUUCAUUGCUUUGUGGCUCAAUCAAGCCGAGAGUCCAACGGCAAACGCCGCUGUCCACAAGCACCUCAGUUCAGUUCCUACUCUCAAAUUUGCCCCACUUGUCAAUCAGCUGUCGUCUCGUUUGUUGGAUAUCAAGGAUGACUUCCAGGUUCUGCUCAAGGAUCUCAUGUUCCGUAUCUGCUCUGAUCACCCCUACCACAGUCUUUACCAGAUAUUUGCAACCAGCAAGUCCAAAGCUCCGCCUGGGGAUGAAGUGGCUGCUUCCAGAUUCGCGGCAGCAAACACACUAACCCAACUCGUGAAAGAACGAAGCCCAUCCUCGGCCAUAUGGACCACUGUUCACAAUACUUGCGUUGCUCUAAAUCGGGUGGCGGUAGAAGGACUCUCCGACAAAGACCUCAAGAGUGGCUCUAAACUCCCACUGCGGAAGUUGCAAAAUGGUCCAGCAUUAGAAGCUCAAAUAACGAAGCCCAACACGAAGAUCCCUCCACCCACCAUGAACAUUGCCUUGCGAGCAGAUCGAGAUUAUUCAAACGUACCUACUUCGACUAUGAUUGACCCAGAGAUUUCUGUCGCCACCGGCGUAUCGGCUCCCAAAAUUGCAACAAUCACUGCCUCUGAUGGGUCGCGACACAAAUUGCUCCUGAAGGGAGGAAACGACGAUCUUCGACAGGACGCUAUCAUGGAGCAAGUCUUUGAACAAGUCUCCAACCUCUUGAAAGACCACCGUGCCACACGACAACGCGACCUCGGCAUUCGAACAUACAAGGUCAUCCCACUGACCAAGAACUCGGGCGUCAUCGAAUUUGUCCAGAACACAAUCCCUCUCAAUGAGUACCUGCUCCCUGCUCACACGCGAUAUUACCCCAAGGACUACAAAGCCAGUCGUGCCAGAAAGGAUAUCGCUGAGGCGCAAACCAAGAAUCACGAGCAGCGCGUGCGAGCCUACCAGACGGUUACCGCCAAUUUCCACCCAGUCAUGCGAUUUUUCUUCAUGGAGAAAUUCCUCGACCCUGAUGACUGGUUUUAUAAGCGUCUGAACUACAGCCGGUCCACUGCUGCCGUGAGCAUCUUGGGCCAUGUCCUUGGACUGGGAGAUCGACAUGGACACAAUAUCCUUCUCGACGAGAAAACUGGAGAAGUGGUCCACAUCGACUUGGGCGUCGCCUUCGAAGCGGGCCGCGUUCUCCCUGUGCCCGAGGUGGUGCCUUUCCGACUCACUCGUGACCUAGUAGACGGGAUGGGUCUCACUGGUGUGGAAGGCGUCUUCCGACGGUGCUGCAAUUUCACCCUUGAGGCUCUCCGCCACGACCAAGAAGCAAUCAUGACCAUUCUGGACGUCCUGCGCUACGAUCCUUUGUACUCGUGGUCCAUCUCCCCUCUGCGUCUGCAGAAGAUGCAAGAGAACAACGAGCAAGCCGCGGCGGACGCGGCUAGUAUUGCUGGUGGACCAUCAACUCCGUCGACAACGGGUGGCGGCGGUGCUACCUUUGCUGGUGCAGUCGACGCCGCUGCUGGCGUGAUUGCCGCGCGCAGAGAAGAAACCGAGCCCUCGGAAGCGGAUCGUGCGUUGACUGUGGUGGCGAAGAAACUGGGCAAGGCUCUGAGUGUAGAAGCCACCGUGAACGAAUUGAUCAGACAGGCCACAGACGAGAGGAACUUGGCAGUGUUGUACUGCGGGUGGGCUGCAUAUGCUUGA